AUGGCUGAGACAACGAGGGAUGAAGAUCGGACCGAGGAAGACAACCGGAAAGAAGGUAGGAAUGUGAUUCUACUGGAAGAGGCAAACAUAUCAGAAGGUAUUAACGCUUGCUCCAAUAGUCUCUAUGGCAGACUCUUUGCUUCCAAAACCUUCUCAAUUGGAACCAUGGGGAAUGCUUUAAAGGCUAUAUGGGGAAACCCGGAAGGAUUUAGCGUGAGUGAUAAAGGGGAUAAUUUCUUCCAAUUCUUUUUUAAUAAAGAAGUGGAUGUCUUGCGUGUUGAACGUGGUUCUCCAUGGCUAUUCAAAGAUUAUGUGCUCCAUGUCAAGAGAUGGAAGGAAGAUCAGAACUGUGAUGAAGAGAUUAUUUUCAAUUUUCAAUUUUGGAGUUUGCCAGAAUCGUUUAAAACCCUCGAAGUUGGACGUAAAUUGGGAGAAAAAUUGGGCACAGUAUUGGAGGUAGGUAAAUUUCAGAUGCGAGGCAGAGAAACUAGGAUUGUGAAGACCAAAAUUAAUAUUGAUGCUGCCAGGCAAGUGAGAGAUCAGUUAAUAGUGGCAGGACCUAAUAAAAAGGAGGUAGAAGUGGCACUGCGCUAUGAGAGACUUGGAAAGUUUUGUACCUAUUGCGCAAAAUUGGGGCACGAGGUAAAAAACUGCCAUGAUCUGCUGAAGGAUACAGAGAGUGAUAUGGUAAAAGAGGAUGACAUUGGCGAAUGGGUUAAAGCCAGCCAAGUGGGAAUGCGAAUCUACUCUAAAGGAGAAAGAGCAUUCAACAACUCAACCCAAAAUCAGAAUAAGGCCACUCAACGUAAGAAAAAACCGGUCUUAAACUACUUAUUGGAAGAAUUUGCAGGGAUGUCAAUGCAAGAAGAGAAACAAAGUUUGAAACCACAAGACACUAGUAAUAGGGCAGCACCUGAGUCACUUCAAUCAGCCAAUUCUAGAACAGAAUGCAUGGAGGUUAUCAUAGCUGGUCAGUCCAAUACCAAGGAGGAUGAAGGGCAGCUUAUGCAAUUCGCUAUUGGGUAG